GCUUCCUGCAUGUGGAAUCCACGGGGGCCUUGGGAAUUCCGCGCCUGCGGAUCCGCCGAGGGCUCAGCCACAGGGGGGUGUGGCCAGGUCUCCCGCCACCCGUAAAGGAACGGAGGAAAGAAGCAGUAGGGGUUGCAGAAGUUUGUACUGGGAGAGCCAGGGAGGGAAACUUGGACUGCAGAGUUUUGACUCCGGCUGCGUGGCUGGAAGGAUGCAAGGGGAGCCAAGCCCUAGUGCUUCCCUUAUUGACAGAACCAUCAAGAUGAGGAAAGAAACAGAAGCUAGGAAAGUGGUUUUAGCCUGGGGACUCCUAAAUGUAUCUAUGGCUGGGAUGAUAUAUACUGAGAUGACUGGAAAAUUGAUUAGUUCAUAUUAUAAUGUGACUUACUGGCCCCUCUGGUAUAUUGAGCUUGCCCUUGCAUCUCUCUUCAGCCUAAACGCCUUAUUUGAUUUUUGGAGGUAUUUCAAAUAUACUGUGGCACCAACAAGUCUGGUUGUUAGCCCUGGACAGCAAACACUUUUAGGGCUGAAAACAGCUGUUGUACAGACGACUCCUCCACAUGACCUGGCAGCCACCCAGAUCCCUCCCUCUCCACCUUCUUCAAUUCAGGGUCAGAGUGUGUUAAGUUACAGCCCAUCUCGUUCACCCAGUGCCAGCCCCAAGUUCACCACCAGCUGUAUAACUGGAUACAGCCCUCCGCUACAAGGUCUGUCAUCAGGUGGCAGUGGUUCUUACAGCCCAGGAGUGACCUACUCACCCAUCAGUGGUUAUAAUAAGUUGGCAAGCUAUAGUUCGUCGCCUUCUUCUCCAUACCCUACCACGGUGGGACCAGUGGAGAGCAGUGGAGUGAGAUCUCGCUACCGCUCUUCACCCACUGUCUACAACUCGCCUACGGACAAAGAAGACUACAUGACAGACCUGCGCACUUUGGAUACUUUUCUCAGAAGUGAGGAAGAGAAACAGCAUAGAGUAAAGCUGGGGAGCCCAGAUUCUGCCUCACCUUCCACCAGUCCUACUUUCUGGAACUACAGUCGGUCAAUGGGGGAUUAUGCUCAAACUCUAAAGAAGUUUCAGUACCAGCUUGCCUGUAGGUCUCAAGCCCCAUGUGCAAACAAAGAUGAAGCCGAUCUCAGUUCUAAACAAGCUGCAGAGGAGGUUUGGGCAAGAGUGACUAUGAAUAGACAACUUCUUGAUCAUAUGGAUUCAUGGACAGCCAAGUUCAGAAACUGGAUCAAUGAGACAAUAUUAGUGCCACUCGUUCAAGAGACCGAGUCUGUCAGCACGCAGAUGAGACGCAUGGGCUGUCCGGAGCUGCAGAUAGGAGAGGCCAGCAUCACCAGCUUGAAACAAGCUGCUCUGGUCAAAGCGCCGCUCAUCCCCACCCUGAACACGAUCGUGCAGUAUCUGGACCUCACCCCAAACCAGGAAUACUUAUUCGAAAGGAUCAAAGAGCUUUCUCAGGGAGGCUGUAUGAGCUCAUUUCGAUGGAACAGAGGUGGAGACUUCAAAGGACGCAAGUGGGACACGGACCUGCCCACUGAUUCCGCGAUCAUCAUGCAUGUGUUUUGCACCUACCUCGAUUCCAGAUUGCCUCCUCAUCCUAAAUACCCUGACGGGAAAACUUUCACUUCCCAGCACUUCGUUCAGACACCAAACAAACCAGAUGUGACAAAUGAGAAUGUUUUUUGCAUUUAUCAGAGUGCCAUCAACCCUCCCCAUUAUGAGCUAAUCUACCAGCGUCACGUCUACAAUCUUCCAAAGGGCCGGAAUAACAUGUUUCAUACAUUAUUGAUGUUCCUCUAUAUCAUAAAGACCAAAGAGUCAGGAAUGCUCGGGAGAGUUAAUCUUGGUCUGUCCGGUGUGAAUAUUUUGUGGAUUUUUGGCGAAUAGUGGAUCGUUUAGUUCCGAACAUUUAGGCUUACAUUUGGCUGGAUCAGCAGUUGAGUGGAAGCAUCUCCGAGUCACCGCCCCUUUUGUUUUACGGUGCAUUGUGUGUACGUGUUACAGACUCGCUAGCUUUAAGGGAAAAUCGCCUGUUUUAAACCUUCCUCGUGAAAGCGUGCCCCGUAUCUCCCGCACCGAGGGACACCACCCACCAUCCGGUUCCCACCACACCUCAGGCUGUGCAGUUGCCUGCAGAGCUGCAGCUUUUCCGAUCGUUGUUGACCCAGGACAGUGCAGUUGCCGCUCAAGUCAAUGAACAUGAGGCCUUUUUUGUUUUAACUUCCAAAUAAGAAUCAUCUACCUCAUUCUUCCCCACAAAAACUGAUUUUUCAAUUACAUUAUUUAGUAUAAAUAUUUGAAAAGAAACAAGCAAGUCGCUAACAUUCUUUUUGUGUUUUAGUCUCUAUCUUCCCCCAGUGUUUGGCAAACCAGCGCAGGGCCCAUAUUUUUAAAAUGAGAUCAACUUCUAAGUAAUGUGUUCGUUCUUGUGUGUUUCUAAAAUAUAAUUGAAAGAAGUUUGACAGGAUUGUGUUUAAAAAGUCAGCUCUUGGGCUAAAUGUAGCCGACAGAAUUGACUGUUCGGGUCUUAGUGACGAAGCUGAGCACAUCAAGAAGACUACUGCCGCUUUGGGUUCAGCAACUCAAGUCGGACAGGCAACGUUUCCUCAGAGGCCUGUCUCCGUAGCCUCCGUUGUUAAACACUGAAUUCCACAGUAUUGUAUGUAUGAUUCUAAGAGCUCCCUUUAAGAUCGUAUGAUUUCUUACGUUUAGACUUUUCAGGUGUGUUCUGAUCUGGAGAGUGAGCAGUUACCGGGUCUGUAGGUGCUCGACUCCCCGUCGGUGUUUCCUGCGCGUGUGUGGCACCCCCCAGGCCAGCCAGCAGGCGCCUGUGUUUUCUGGGGUGACGUACUCUCUGUGUCUGUAGCCCGGGAGGACCCAAAACGGGUGUGCUCUCAGUGACUGCACGUCAGCGCUAUAUGUGCAGCCCACUUUGUGCGAUUUUUUUUGUAAAUUCUCUUUUUCAAGAAGUUGUUUGUUUUUUAAAAGUGGAAUGUCCACAGGAAAGGAUGUUUCUAUCUUUCAUCAGCUUUUGGUGCAUGUGUUUGCUAUGAUGUUUUGGGAGAAAAUGUCAAUUAAACAUGUUAAAU